GUACCAUAUCAUCACAUAUGAUAAGGUAAGGCCAGAGGAAACUAAAACAAAACUGAAGUUCUAUCCUCUAUGUCAGGAGGAAGAGUGGAAGAAGAGAAAGAGCAUACAAAGAGUGAAAUGUUACCAAAAUACCCUCAUCAUCAUCAUCAUCGGCAGCAGCAUCACUUGGUUCUGAUCCAUGGCAUAGGGCAUGGAGCUUGGUGCUGGUACAAGAUCAGAUGUCUCUUGGAAGCAUCAGGCUACAAAGUGACAUGCCUUGACCUAAAAGGUGCCGGCAUUGACCAGUCUGACCCUAACACCAUCCUCACUUUCCAAGACUAUAACAAGCCUCUCAUUAACUUCUUGUCCAAUUUGCCAUUGGAUGAAAAGGUAGUACUUGUGGGACACAGUGUAGGAGGCAUGAGCUUGACGGAUGCUAUACACAGAUUUGCUAACAAAAUACAUAUGGCAAUAUAUGUUGCAGCAACCAUGUUAGAGCAUGGAUUUUCUACCCAUCAAGAUUUCAAAGAUGGUUUUUUGAGUAGCACCGGGAACGUCGUCAAAUUCAUAUAUGGGUUGGGACCUGACCAGCCUCCUACUAGUGCCAUAAUGAAGGAGAAUUUUCAGCACCAAAUCUUGUAUCAGAUGAGUCCUCUAGAGGACUCAACUUUAGCUUCAAUGCUGCUGAGGCCAGGACCUAUGCUGGCAUUGCAGGGUGCUCGAUUCGAACGAACUGCGGAUGCCGCUGAUUGUGUGCCAAGAGUGUACAUCAAGACCAUGCAGGACCAUGUUAUAAAGCCUGAGCAACAAGAUGCCAUGAUCAAGAGAUGGCCACCAUCCCAAGUCUUUGUUCUGGAUAGUGAUCAUAGCCCAUUUUUCUCCACACCCACUGUGCUCUUUGGAUUGUUGGUUAAAGCAUUGGCUUCCAUCAAAUGUUCUUAAAAUUUGGAGUUUUUAAGUGCAUGCUUGUUUCUCUCUCUUAAUGCUCUGUAACACUCACACAAAAUGCCAAUAAGUUUUCAUAGUAAUUGUACUCAUUUGGAGGAUUUCACGGCUUUAAAGAACCAAUCCAAUAAACUUCCAAGCAGAAUGAGAAUUUAGAGGA